UGGAAACAGCACCAGUGCUAACAUUAUUACCAAGUUACCCUUGGUACUUAAUAGGAGAAUCUGUCACGAUAAACUGCUCGGUUCCAAACAAAUCAAAGAAACAAUACUUCGAUUUUUUUAAGGACUAUGAAUUAAUCAGCACACAAAACAGUUCCACUUUCGACAUCCAAAGCCUUGAAAACUCUGAUGGUGCUUUGUAUAGUUGUGAAACAUUGCAAAACAUUUCCAGCUCUACAAGAAGCAACAUGAGGCAAAUCCAUGUGUAUGCCCUACCACCAGCACCCGUAGUUUCCCUUGAGCCAUCACAAGAUAUGUAUAUGGCUGGGCAGCCUGUUGCUAUGACCUGUUUUACCUUCAGAGAUCAUGAACAAAAGAUACUCAGAUUUUACAAGAAUGGGCAGAAAAUCUUUUCAUUGGAGUACUUCACCGGAAAUGCAACCUUACACAUAGAUACCUCUCUGCCAGGUUCAGGUGGGAACUAUAGCUGUGAUUAUCAGACAAAGAGGCUUGGAACCUGGAUUAGUUCUAUCACACGUACUGUGUUUGUCAACAUACCAGCAGAUCAGACAACAGCCGGCACAACCAUAUCUACUUCCUCUCUCCUGACAAUGGCAUUCCAAGGAAAUGGUAUCGUAACAUCAGAGGCUCAGGAAACACAUAUAACUACAGGAACAGCUACAAAUGAAGUUUCUAUGGCUUCUGUCUCAUCAACAUCAAAUCAAGAUGAAAACGCUGUUGCAAAAACAUCACCAGAAAUACACUUCUCUACAGGAAUAGCUGUAAAUUCAGUUUCUAUGGUCUCUGUCUCAUCACCAUCAAAACAACAUGAAAACACUGAUGCAAAAACAAUAGCACCAGAAACACACUCCUCUACAGCAUCUGCUUUACUGACCUCACAGAAUAGCAUGGUUUCACAAUGGACUAACCAGACCAACCUGACCACAACUUCAGAUCCCUCAGCAUCAGAAAAGUGGAUAUUUUAUGUUAUUGGCGGCUGUGUCCUCCUUAUUUUAUUGUGUGUUCUUCUGCUUAGGGUCUACUUUUCCAGAAAGGGUAAUAAAUCAAAGCCUGUGAACGCACCACUGUGGGCGAAUAAUGACAUCCCUGAUACAAAGAAAUCAAAGAGGACGUAUAAAGAAACUGAAAUUGAUAUGACUGCACACAUAUAUUCAGAAUUGGACCAGUCUCCACCUCUAAUGAAACUGUCAUCGGCACCAAGACCUUCAGCUUCUUUGGGAUCCUUGGCUCAUAUUAAACCUUCAGCUGUACCUGUAUACUCUACUGUACAGGCUGUUAGCCCUUUGCCUUGUGUAUACUCUACCCUGCUGUCACAAAAACCUUUACAGACUUCUUGUCCAACACUUUUGCAACCAGAAAAUUCAACUUCCUAUGUAAAUUGAUUAUAAUGUUGAUUUUUACAUCUGGUUUAGGGUUUGGAAAAAAACUGCAUGGACUUCACAGAAUGUAUUUAGCUAAUUAAAGUGAAAGUUUAAUUGAGCUGAGAGUAACAGAAUUAUAAAUAGAGGCAUACUCAUUAUGCAGUAUGUGCUUUGAUAUGCUUAACAUCAACUAUUCAGAGUUAGUUGUUAUUAGCCUUUAAAUGGAAUGUAAAAUGGUUUUGCAUAUAUUUUCAUAUAAAAAAAAUUACAUUUAAAUUGCCGGAAAUACAAUACCAUUGCCAGCAAUACAAAAAUGUAAAAA